AUGGACGACAGGAUGGAUAUUGACGAGCACUCGCUAGCUCACGAUGAUGGCGAAAGACAAACCGGCGUCUAUAGCGCCGCCUACUUCUACAACCAGUACGAUGACGACAUACCACUCGACCCUGAGCUGAUGGCCGGAGAUGAUGGUCGAAUGGACGGCUUCGACGAUUACGAUCUUGACGACCAAGAGAUGCAGGACGGCGUUGUCGAGCCCGAAGAGGAAUUCUUAGAUUCCGACACCGAAGAGAUCCGAGCGGAAAUCCACAAGUUCGAAACCGUCCGCGACGCAUGGCUCGCAGAACACCGAGCCGACCUUCCCUCAGUUGCUUAUUCAACCCUCCCUGGCGUCUCGAAGUCGCUGUCCAAACAGAUCAACAACAGCCUGAACGAUGGCGCCACCACAACAACAACCACCGGCACCGCUCCCUCAGCACCGGUAGCUAAAACCUCCCGACCCCGUCGAAAACUCGGCCCCCGCAAGCCGCCGCCCCCUCCUCCGGAAAUCCAGUUCCGCAUCGGAAUAGCCCGCAAAGCCUUCGACCGCCGCGAGUACCAAGAAGCGAUCAAUAUGGCCAAAGAAAUCAUCCGGCAGCGCCCCGCCACGCCUCAGGCCUGGAACCUCCUCUCCCUCAUCCACGAAGAGCUCGGCAACCGCGAAGCGGCAACCAUGUGCCUGAUCUCCGGCGCCUGGCUGAUCCCCAAGGACGCGCGCCACUGGAUGAACGUGGCGCUCUACUGUCUGUACGGCGUCGACAUGAUGGAUGACGCCGACCCGGCUCGCAAGCUGGCGCUGGAGAGAGCGGUUAUGUGCUACUCGCAGGCGUUGCAAGCGGACAAGCAGAACGUGGAAGCGAGAACGGGCAAGGCAGAUGCGCUGAUGCAGUUGGGUCAGAGCCAUCUGGCACUGGCGCAGUAUUUGCGAGCGCUGAAGGUGCAGCCGUUGAAUAUUCGGACGGUGAGAAACUUGGCCGAGGCGGCGCUGGAUGGCAGGGAUCCGAGGAAGAAUGCUGAGGCGGCCAAGGCGGCGUAUAGGCAUAUCAUUGAGUAUCUGUGGAGCCAGGGCGACGAGGUGUAUGAGGCCAUGGAGGGCGGAUUCGAGUGGAGUGAUUUGAGAAUCUAUCUCGAGUUCUUUACCAUCUUGGAGCAGUGGGAGCAGGGCGUGGCGGAGCUGAGGAGGGUGGCGAGGUGGAAGCUGGGCCGCAGGGCCGAGGAGUUUUGGGACCGCUGGCCAGGCGAGGAUAGGGAGUGGGAUGAGGGUGAGGAGAGGAGGGAGUUGUGCGAGGAUUAUGAGCCUGGAAUGUUCUCGCCCAUCCAGUACGGACGGGCGCUGCCGGUGGAUUUGAGAGCGAGGCUGUACGUGUUCAGGAUGAAGAUGGGGGAUCUUUACGAAGCGGAGAGGCAUCUGACCUCGUUGGACCCGACGGCGGAGACGGCGGUUGACGACUUUUACGACUUCCCCGAUUGUUUGAAGGAUAUUGGUAAUGCCCUGCUCGAUAACGAAUUUCCGGCGAAAGCGUUGGAGUACUUUGAAUUGUACGAAAAGAUCGCCGAUCAGGCUGGCGAUAUCAGCAUGGAUGCCGAUAUUCUCGUCAGUUUCGGUCGAUGCCACAUGGCUUUGGGCAAUAAAUCGGCUGCCGAGGAGCGUUUCAUCGCCGCCAUCGAAGAUGACGAUGAUAACAUUGAGGCACGCGUGUGCCUCGCCAACAUGUACGAGCACGUGGCGGAUCCGGAAGGUCGCGAAGAAGCUUUCCUUUUGGUCAGAGAUGCUAUGAACCUCGAGGCCAACCAGUACGCCCUUGACCAGGAAGGGAAUCUGGUCCCCAAGAGAAAGCGUCGCAGACAAACCGGUCCCCGCAAGCCGCGCAAGCCGAGAGAUCCCAACAAGCCCAGAGACCCCAACAACCCGAAAAAGUAUGUCCCGCGCCGUCUCAUCAACGCGGAGAAGCGCAAACAGGUGGAUCUUGAACGCACGAAGGUGGCGACCAAGAACUACGAAGUUGUGCAGGAGCUGCAAGAUCGCGCGUUCCACAGCGACGACCCUGAAGCCAUUCAGAACUGGACACGCGCGGCCCGGGACCUCAUCGAAGAUUUCCGUUCUUACAAGGAAUUCUACCCCUGGGACAAGUACGUCAAGUAUCUGGGCCUUGGUGGUACCGGUGGUGGUGGUGCUGCCGUACCGUCUAGAAAUCUGAAGCUGGCCGCCAUGGCCGAACGUCUCCGCCAGGGACUCAACCCUGAGAACGGCGACGGCACUGAGAACAUGCCGGCCGCGUCCAAGGCCCGCGUCCUUACCAAGUUCCCGUAUUCUGCUCAUCGCGGCAUCCCCUUCUCCGCCUGGCUCGACAUCUUCCUUUCCCUCGCCUUCGCCCUGGUUAGACAAAACCAACACCGCGAGGCCUACGUCGUCUGCCACGCCGCCCGCGACUCGAUCGUCUGGACCGACACGGAGUCAACAUACCUCAUUCACGUCGCCUGGGCCUCGUGCGCCGUAUACGCCGGCGACGAAGAAACUUGUGUGGCCAUCGCCCGCUACUUCAUGCGCGACUACCUGCCCGGCACCGAUUCGUAUCGCAUGUUCGCCGCCAUGUGCCGCACCUGCCAGACGCCCGUGAGCUGGUACACCUCGGGCCCUGCGCAAAAGUUCAUUCUAAGGCAGAUCAAGACGAUGGAUGCGCUCGUUAUGCGGCAGAACGGCGACGAAUUCCCGCCGCCGCCGGCAUCACAACAAUCACCCUCCAAGUCGCAACAGCAACAACAACGAUCGCCCAUAAAACCCCAGUCCCGCGACCUUCUCCCACCUUCCGCUUCCCAGCAAUCCAACAACGACAACGACACCACCACCACCGUUAAUAGCAAACCUCAAUACCCACCCCCGGGAGAUAUAACCCUCGACGUCGCCCUCCUGACAAUCUACGGCCACAUCCUCUUCACCACCACUUCCUACUCCUACGCUCUAUCCUACUUUGCUCGCGCGGCCUCCCUGGACCCGGAUAACCCGCUAAUCAACCUCUCCAUCGGCCUCGCCUACGUGCACUACGCGCUGAAGCGACAAGCCACCAACCGCCAGUACCUCUUGACGCAAGGCUUCGCCUUUUUGUUCAGAUACUACCGCAAUCGCACCGAGGAAGAUCCGACGGCCACGGUGGGCCAGAAGAUGGAGGCCCAUUUCAAUAUGGGCAGGGCGUAUAGUUUGAUUGGCCUGGGCAAUUUGGCGGGAGGGUUUUAUAGGAGGGUGUUGGAGGAGGCGGAGAGGGUUAAACUUGCGAAACAAGGGGAAGAAGGAAGGGGAGAUGGGGGAGACGGGGAGGGAUAUGGAGAGGGAUAUGGAAGGGACAAGAGGAGUAAGUGGGAGGAGACGCUGGUGGUGGAGGCGGCGUAUAAUGUACGGUGCAUGUGUUACUUGUUGGGGGAUGUGAAGGGGGCGAAGGCGGUGGCGGAGCGGUGGUUGGUUUUGGAGUGA